AUGACAGGCAUGUCACAACACACGUCGACGCGACGCGGAGCGCUCGUCGUGGUGGAGGGACUCGACCGCGCCGGCAAGUCAAGCCAAUGCGAGAUACUACAGAACUACCUCACGGAGCAAGGGCAUAAUGUAAAAUACAUUCGAUUCCCAGACAGGACCACGCCCAUCGGAAAGCUCAUAGAUAGCUAUCUACGCGGCUCAGCCAACCAAGAAGAUCACGCCAUCCACCUCCUAUUCUCCGCAAACCGCUGGGAGGUUGCCAAGAGCAUCGAAAAAGAUAUCAACAACGGUAUCACUGUCAUUGUGGACCGCUACUCAUACUCUGGAGCCGUGUAUUCCGCCGCCAAGGCCAACCCGACGCUCUCGCUGGAUUGGGCCUGGCAGCCCGAGCUCGGCCUCCCGCGUCCGGAUAUUUGCUUGUUCCUCAGUAUUUCGACUGAUGAAGCCGCCAAGCGUGGCGGUUAUGGGGCGGAAAGAUACGAGAAUGAAGCUAUGCAAACUCGCGUGCGCGACCUCUUCCGCACCUUGUUUGAACGCCAGAAGGACGUUUAUGUCGUCGAUGCUGGGAAAGCACUGAAGGAGGUAUCGAAAGAUAUUCAGACUGCCGUCUUGGACUGUCUCGCGCGUCUUGAUACUAUCGGGUCAUUGAGGACACUGGGGCCGCUCGCCAAUUAG